AUGGCUACUAUACAGACUUCUACUCCCCCAAUUUCAUCUAUACAACCGACUGCUUCCUUUCUGCAAUGCCUCAUUUGUAAGAAAACUUUUAAAUCUAAACGAGGUUUAGUACAAUAUGAAGCAAUUAUACACAAAAUUGGAAAGAAAUCUUUCACUGUAGCUUGCAGUGAAAGCCAAUUUUUCCCUACUUUCAAUGGUCAUAUACAUUAUUAUUCAAAAAAGACACGAUUUUAUAAGUGUAUUUUUGGAGGAGAAAAUACCUCAACUAAAUUAGCAGAGAUUUUUAAUAACAAAAAUUGGGAAACUAAAUUUUAUCCCAGAAAUGAAUGUACUUUAGUGUUAACUAAUUUAAAUGAUAUAGACAAUGAGGAAAGUCCUCUUGUAUUGGAGCGAAAACUUGCAAUUAAAUCACAAAAAAAUUACAAUCAUAUAGACGAGGAGAAGUAG